AUGUCGACCACAACUACAGCUACAAUCUCGGCCUCUGUUCUUCAUGGCGUGAGAGACUUAAGAACUGAAACACGAGCCAUCAGCGCUCCUGCUGAUGAUGAGCUUCAAAUAUCUGUCCGUCGCACCGGGAUCUGUGGCUCAGACCAACAUUACUACAAUCACUUCCGCAAUGGCGACAUCCUCGUUCGUGAACCUAUGGCUUUGGGCCACGAGUCUUCGGGAGUUGUGGAGGUAGUUGGUGCCGGUGUGACGGGAUUCAAACCCGGUGACCAGGUCGCCCUUGAAGUCGGCAUCCCUUGUGAGGAAUGCCGUCACUGCGCAGCUGGUCGCUAUAACAUCUGCCCUAGCAUGCGUUUCCGCAGUUCCGCAAAGGCCUUUCCUCACUUCCAGGGCACCCUCCAAGGACGCAUCAAUCAUCCUGCCAAAUGGUGCCACAAGCUCCCCGAGAAUGUCACGUUAGACGAGGGAGCCCUUCUCGAACCGCUGAGCGUGGCGAUUCAUGCUAUUCGCAGAUCAAAAGUUGAGAAGGAAGCGAAUAUACUUGUUAUUGGAGCAGGUGCUGUUGGACUCCUGACAGCAGCUGUACUACGGACUACAGGCGCCUCAAAGAUCACCAUUGCAGAUAUUGCUGGAAGCCGUGUCGAGUUUGCCAAGAAGAAUGGAUUCGCAGACCGGGGCUUCGAGGUGCCUCGGGCCAACCCUGAUGCUGUAGCUAGCAUCGAAGGCAAACUUGACCAUGCCAAAGCUACGGCAGCUGCGGUGAUGAAAGCUGGGAAUGACGACGAGUCCCAGCAAUUCGAUGCCGUGUUUGAGUGCACGGGCGUAGAAUCAUGUGUUCAGACGGCAAUCUAUUCCACAGUGGCUGGAGGCAGGGUGUUGCUAAUUGGAAUGGGCAUCCCAAUUCAAACGCUGCCUAUGUCGGCUGCAGCUCUACGAGAAGUUGAUCUCGUUGGAGUUUUCCGUUAUGCUCAAACCUAUGAGUAUGGGCUGGAACUGCUAGCAAACAAGGCCAAGUACAACCUCCCAGAUAUCACAAAGCUGGCUACUCAUCGCUUUUCGGGCUUUGAUCAUGUGGUUGACGCCUUUUCCAUGGCUGGCAAACCCCAGGAUGAGAAGGGGAAUUUGGUCAUCAAGGUCAUUAUUGAGACAUAG